UACAAACACGUCUCACGCCUGAGAAAGAACAAAACAUAUUUGUUUCUUACAUCACAAAUUCUCCCUCCCUCUCUGUGUCCUGUUAGAACCCAAAGUCAUGAUGUCGAUGUCAAACACAGUCCUGUGUUACUCUCUGGCCGCACUGCUGGUCCUAACUCUGUCUGGCUCGGUAAGAAACGGCCAGCUCCACGGAGGAGGUGGAGAUAAUCUUCCGGCGACAGAGAGGAAGGGAAGAAGCGGUGAGGUUUGGAGAGGGAAGCAAAUGAUGGAGAGGCCAUGUGAGGAGAUAUAUGUGGUUGGGGAAGGGGAGACGCUUCAUAGCAUCAGCGACAAGUGCGGUGACCCGUUUAUCGUGGAGCGUAACCCGCAUAUCCAUGACCCGGAUGAUGUCUUUCCGGGUCUUCUCAUCAGAAUUCAAAUCAACCUUCCUACUUCAUAACAAGUUAAAAAUAUGAUGUCGUUUUGUGUACAUUAUGCUUACAUAUUUUCACCCUUAAUUUCUUUUUCUUUGUUUUCUUAUUGUUUGUUUUGGCUUUUGUACGUUUUGAUUUUUCAAUGAAUAACUUUUUCGUUUGUUACUGAUUUUUCUUUUUUAUUAUAUAUGAUUGAUCCAAACAAAAACUGAUACAUUCCUAAUUGGACAACUAGAGUUUAUUCUUAUCUUUUCUUGUUGGUCAUAGUCUUAAUUUUAUCUUUGUUUCAUUUGUUAUGGAGCCCCUUGA